GGGUUUCUGUUUCAGGUUCCAUCGGUCCCUGAAGAGUUGUUUUUUACCACUGAUGUCAGGCAGGAAGGAUUGAUGAUGGACACUGUGACAUCUGCUCAGGCUUUGGACUCUGUACCCUUGGUGGAUCAGCAGUUACUCUAUACCUGCUGUCCGUAUCUUGGUGAGCUGCGGAAACUACUUGCCUCUUUUGUGGCUGGUAGUGGAGCAAAAAAUGGUGGCUUUAUAAGGAAAAUCACUCCCACAGCUGCAGAGUCUUUGGCACCCAAGGCUUCUGUCACGCAGCGGAAACUGCAGGUGGAGUUGGAACAGGCCUUCUUUCACAACCAGCCUCCCUCCCUACGGAGAACAGUUGAAUUUGUGGCAGAGAGGGUGGGAUCCAACUGUGUUAAGCACAUCAAGGCAACGCUGGUAGCAGAGUUGGUUCAAAGGGCUGAAGUCAUGUUGCAGGAUAAAGUGAAGGAGGAAGAUGCUAAUCAUGACAAGCUGCUUGAAGAGGUGUGCGCUCAUCUGUAUGAGGAAGGGGCCCAGGCACUCAUCAAAGGCAGAGAAUUUUGCAAAAAGAAAGGUCCUGAGGCGGUAAGGGUGUUAUUGCCAGAAGAGACCUCUGCAGCAGUUUUAAGUAGUGCCGAAGACAUUGCAGUGGAACUGGCUACUGAGAAAGCCUGUGGCUGGCUUUCUGCCAACAUUGCAGCGCUCAUCAAAAGAGAAGUGAAGGCAACCUUCAACAGAAUGCUGAAAGUCCCAGGACUUCCCUUGCCCGGCGAGGACGCUCUGGAAUUGAGAAGGGACUGCCCUCCAGGCUGUCAGCACUGUGCUCCGUUUCCCUCCCAAAUCAUCAACGAGAUUAAGGAUGUGCUCUGUGUUGCUGUGGGCCCACGGGACGAGGGUGAAGUGAUUGACUACAUCUGGCUGGAGUGCCUGCUAGGAAGAUUGAGUCAGACACUUCGAUGCAGAAAGUUCAUGUGUCCCACAUCAGAACAGCAGCUGGCGAAGUGCACGGUUGAGUUGGCUUCUUUGCUGGUUUCAGAUCGUGUUCCUCUGAGUCUUGGGAUCAAGUCCCCAGAGAAGAGCUCUGAGAGGCUGCGUGUGAAGAAUAAUCCUACCUAUGGCCUUCUAAAGCUGCUGCUUUCUCUCUGGAAGGAGGACUUUGGGACACCUGUUCCUGUGCAGCUGAUGUUCAGCAAGAAGAACAUCGGUUAUCUUGCAGAAGUUAAGCAGCGAGAGUGGGAUUUGUUCCUUUUCAUGCUUCAUGGUCUUGUAGAACGUCAGCUAAUGAGAACAAGUGAAAUAGAGAGUUGCCUGCACAGCCUCAAAGAGCUCCCUUGGCCUUCAGAUUUUUUAAAAGAACUGGAAAUGCUGUCCAGAGUAUUUAUAUCAGAAGAUCAUAUAGAAGAGCCCAGGACUAACCCUUGUGAGCUGACCAGACAAUCUCUAGGGAUACUCAGCAGUGGGACCACGCUCAUGAGGAUGCAUGACGCCCUGCAGUCCCCCUGGGCUGGUGGAGCCCUCGGCGUGAGUGCUGCAAGCAUUGUGCCUGUUCUCUGUGCGCUGCCUCCAGCUGUAGCGCAAGCGGCGCUGCAAGGAGAGCAGUAG